CUCUCCCCAGUCUCGGUCCUCCGCCAUGCGGGCUCUGAGGGCCGGCCUGACCCUGGCGCUCGGCGCGGGGCUGGGCGCAGCCGCAGAGGGCUGGCGGCGGCGGAGGGCAGAUGCGCGGGCGGCGCCGGGGCUCCUGGGCCGGCUGCCCGUGCUGCCCGUGGCGGCGGCGGCCGAGCUCCCCGCCUUGCCUACGGGACCGGCGGGCAGCGGCCCCGGAGGGCUGGCCAAGUACGGGCUGCCCGGGCUGGCGCAGCUCAAGAGCCGCGAGUCGUACGUGCUGUGCUACGACCCUCGCACCCGUAGCGCUCUCUGGGUGGUAGAGCAGCUGCGGCCCGAGCGGCUCCGCGGCGACGGCGACCGCCGCUCGUGCGACUUCCGCGAGGACGACUCGGUGCACGCGUACCAUCGAGCCACCAAUGCCGACUAUCGCGGCAGCGGCUUCGACCGCGGCCACCUCGCUGCCGCCGCCAACCACCGCUGGAGCCAGAAGGCCAUGGACGACACCUUCUACCUGAGCAACGUCGCGCCCCAGGUGCCCCACCUCAACCAGAAUGCCUGGAACAACCUGGAGAAGUACAGCCGCAGCUUGACGCGUACCUACCAAAAUGUCUAUGUCUGCACGGGGCCGCUCUUCCUGCCCAGGACGGAGGCUGACGGAAAGUCCUACGUGAAGUACCAGGUAAUUGGCAAGAACCAUGUGGCAGUGCCCACACACUUCUUCAAGGUGCUGAUCCUGGAGGCAGCCAGUGGACAAAUUGAGCUCCGUUCCUACGUGAUGCCCAAUGCACCUGUAGACGAGGCAAUCCCACUGGAGCGCUUCCUGGUGCCCGUUGAGAGCAUCGAGCGGGCCUCAGGGCUGCUCUUCGUGCCAAACAUCUUGGCACGGGGAGGCAGCCUCAAGGCCAUCACUGCUGGCAGCAAGUGA